CAGCUAGUAGUUACGUUCUCAUUCUAAUUUUUCAACCCUCUCUUUCUCUCUCUACAAAGACUUUCUCUGUCCACAACCAUCAUACCAUUAUACCUUACCACCCUUCCCUUCUCUCUUUUAUACACACACAGGAAAGAAAGAGGGAGAAAACAAAAACAAAAUCAAAAGGUGGUAGAUGCAUGAGCCACAACACAACACACAUUAUCUCUUACCACACUCACCACCUUGUAUUCCCCAAAAUUCACAUAAUUCUCCUUCUCUUGCCUUUUCCCUCAGAUUUCUCACCCCUUCUCUCUUCUGUGUUCCCACCCUUUUCAGGUACUCUUCCUGCUAAAUUGAUGGAAAAAGUUGGUAUCAUAGGAAGUUAAUCACUGUGCUUUGAUGACUUGGUAAGAAAACUUGAACUGACAAUGGUAAGUUUGAGAAGGCGCAGACUUUUGGGACUGUGCUCAGGAAACAGUUCCUUUGUCACACCACUUCCUCUAUAUUGUGAGAAUCUUUCUGGUUUUGAAAAUUCAAACCAGCAAGCUAAACCUAAGAGUGAACAGCCUGCGCUUUCUGAUGAUGCAACCAACCCGGACAGUAAUAAUGUUGUGCAAGAAGAACCGGGAUCAUCAAAUGCUUCUGGUUCUAGCUCAUCGAAAGAGCAGCUUAUUCAACAAAUUACAGGUUUGUCACCAGGACCUCCUAUUAAACGCAGAAAGCGACAUAGAAGAAAGAAUUUGCACAAUCAAGAACAAUGCAUAAUGAGGGGUGUCUACUUCAAAAAUAUGAAGUGGCAGGCAGCAAUAAAGGUGGACAAGAAACAGAUCCAUCUAGGGACUCUCGGGUCACAAGAAGAAGCUGCUCACUUAUAUGAUAGGGCUGCUUUCAUGUGUGGAAGAGAGCCCAAUUUUGAGCUUCCCGAGGAAGAGAAGCGGGAUUUGAGCAAAUUUAAAUGGGACGAAUUCUUGGCCAUGACUCGCCAAGCAAUCACACGCAAAAAACACAAGAGAAGGCUUAGUCCCGGACCAGGUAAUAGUCAUGAUAUGCUUCCACUGUCCAAAGAUGAUUGGGACACUAAGCAAGGAGUGAUUGAAGAUGCAGAGCAGGAAACAUCAGUGUCGUGAAAAUUAUGAUUCUGGAAAUAACCCAAGAGUGAAGAUGGAAAGCCUCUAGUCCUAACACUUCAACUCUAAUAUCAUGCUAGAUCCAUUUUUAUUGUAGAAAAAUGCAGCAUUAUGUCAGACCUUGAUAGAAUUGAUUAUCCUUAAUUUAUGCAAAUUGCUAUACCUAAACCCAAUAAAGAGUCCAUUCAAUGUUAGACGUGUCAACUACCAACUGUUGAACUCUAUAUCAGUUUCAUCAAACUAGUGCAACGCCAUUUUCUUCUUCCACUUGGUGGGAAUAUAUGAAUUUUUCUCAAGCAGUUAAUUGAAUUGUUUUUUCAA